AAAUCCGAGUAAAGGUGCGCACACAUAUACAUGUAAGAACGGAUAAGCAAAUACGGGCAUUUGAUUAAAAAGUUUUGCUGGCGCUAGUGAGGCUAAGCUAAUUCGAUUGCACCUCAGUAGUGGACGCGUGCUGAAGGUGAAAGCAACAACGGAACGGGCGAAAUACACAAAUCGUAAUCGACUCAGUGAUCAAAUCAAGGAUAAUCGGUAGUAAACAACUUAUAAAAUAUUAUAAAAUACGUUGAACAAUUUCUCAGCCGGUCACAUUUGCAUGCCGAAUUCAAUAUAAUGCUUUUCGUAGUGCGUUUUUUUUUUGCACUUGGCAAUACAUUAUGCUUUAUCGUCAAUACGCUUGUUAAUUUGCUGUUGCCGCGUAAACUGCCUGAUUAUCCACCAAUUCAAGAUGCGUUGCUGCUAAAAUCUGUUGGCGAAUUAGUUGUGGAGCUGCGACAAAAAAAGAUCACCGCCCAGCAGCUGGUGCAAGCGUACAUCGCGCGAAUACAGGCGGUCAAUGGAAGUUUAAAUGCCGUCCUUGAUGAUCGCUUCGAGCAAGCGCUGAAGGAAGCAGAACAUGCGGAUAGUUUAAUUGCCAAAGCCAAUGAUGAGCAAUUAGUCGCACUCUUCGGACGCUACCCCUUGUUGGGUAUACCGUUUACAGUAAAAGAGUCGGCCGGGGUGAAAGGUCUAUCGUUUGUUGUGGGUAACAUUUAUCGAAAGAAUUUGAAAUGCGAACGUGAUAAUGACAUCGUUCAGCGCCUUAGAUCAGCGGGUUGUAUACCGCUUUUGGUUUCAGCAAAUCCCGAGUUCUGCAUGAGCUACGAAACGAACUCCAAAAUGUAUGGAAAGUGUCGUAAUCCAUAUGAUCUCAACAGAGUGUCUGGAGGUUCAUCUGGAGGAGAGGGCGCUUUAAAUGGCGCUGGCGCUUCCGUCUUCGGAUUUGGUUCGGAUAUUGGAGGCUCUAUUCGUUUGCCCUCAAUGUUUUGUGGUGUAUUUGGACAUAAACCGACUGGCGGUUUGGUUUCAAUUAAGGGUAGCUUUCCAUAUAGCGACGAUCCGACUUUCGCACAGUAUUUAGCCUCAGGACCAAUAACACGAUUUGCUAAGGAUUUACCCAUACUAAUGCAAGUAAUGGCUGGUGAAGAUGCAAAGAAAUUGAAAUUUGACGAACCAGUCCAAUUGAAGAACAUAAAGAUCUACUAUGCCUAUGGUUUUGAGGGUUUUGCAGCAUUCAUGCACCAGCCAACUGAUUUCGACAUUCGAUUGGCCAUAACCAGAGCGGUGAAAUGUUUCCAAAAAGGUGGACUUACCACCGAGCAGAUUAAAUUGGAAAAAUUCGUACACGCCAGAGAAAUAGGUUUAAGCGCUCUCGCCGAACUGAAAGGUCUGCCGAGCAUAACAAAUGAAGCCAAGCCAGAAAUAAGUAAACUUAUUUGGGAGCUAAUUUUAUCACUCUUUGGACAAUCUGUACACAAUCGUGACGCUAUAAUAAUGGAGUGGAUAAGAACGAAGAAAAUUUACCUAAAUGAUGAGGAAGCAGCAGAAUUUCGUGCCGAAAGAGAAACGGUGAAAGAAGAGUUAGUGAAAAUGCUCGGUAACAAUGGCGUUCUCAUCUUGCCCACAUUUCCCACCUCCGCGUUUAGCUUCCAUACAAGCACGUUGAACUUGGUGGGUGUGGAUCUAAUGCUCAUGUUCAACAUACUGGGUUUCCCCGCCACACAUGUGCCAAUGGGUUUGGAUCACAGAGGCUUGCCGAUUGGCUUUCAAGUUGUCGCUGCGCCGUAUCAAGACAAAUUGUGUCUACAGAUUGCCGCCGAACUGGAGGGCGCUUUCGGCGGUUGGGUGCCACCGCUGCAGCAUGAUAUAAAAACAUGAAUUUUAUUAGCUUUUUAAAGCUUUCAAUGUGGUUCUAGUUUAAAUUCAUAAAGCUUUUCAACAGUUUCCGAUAUGGCAAAAGCUUUGGGUUCUGUGCACUAAUGUACUUAAUUUGGGAUUAAGCUCUAUCAUUCUUUCUCUUUUACGCUUUUUAGUUAUGAUUGAUGAUGAUUAAUGGUUUUUCUGAGUAACUAUUAAUGUUAUAUUCAAAAGCUCUUCUCUUCACAUUAUUAAAUAUAGUAUAACAAACUGUAAGUGGAAAUGUUUGUUUAAUGUUUCUCUGGGCUUCAAAUUUGAUUUGAUAUCGAAUGUCUUUGAACGCUCACUCUUACAAGCUGUAAUAGUUAAUUUUUUUUAAUAAAACUUAGUAACAAUUA